UGGGCCAUGCUAUCUUCUGCCGGUUUUGAGUAGAUAUCAUGGAUGAAUGCCAUCUCUCUCGACGAAUCGAACUGUAUUCAUUUCAAAAGGUACUUGACUCCUGCCAUGCCGCUCCCUCUUGCCUUCCAUGACGAAGAUUUGAACGAACGGGCGGACAGACUGUGUGCGCAGUCCGUCACAUCCGUAAAAAGCAGAACGUACAAAUUCUGUGGAUGUGCCGGAACUGUAGCACUUGUUGAGAACUCGUCAGCUGAUUGAUGGCUUCAAAAUGGCAAUACAUGUCGGUUGUGAAAGACGGAACAUACUAACAGUUCCGCUCAUAGGUAACGACUGAGUCUUCCCAUACAACACCCCCUUGCAAGCAUCAAAUGAUGAACAAUAUUCACACUGUUUGAACUGGGCGAACGCCUGGGCAUGAACGCAUUACACUGAAAAUUCUGAUUUAAUGAGCCUGAGAUAGAUGCUUUAUUCUGCAUACUGCACUUUUGAGCGAACAUAUUGUGGCCUCUUACUGAUGGUUUCUGUGCAGGUGAGGAACAUGGACUUACGGA